AAGAAUAAGAGGAAGAAGAUAAAGGGCGAAGGUUAGAACGAUAAAGAAUAAUCCUUUGUUGUUUUUCUUCCAUCGACAACUUGCUCGUUUGCAAUCACAUCGUCCUUUGAUUUUGGCGUUCGGUAGGCGUUGAAAUAAGACAGGAAGAAAGGAAGGAAGAAAGUUGAAAGAGAGAAGAGAGAGGUCGUAAAAGAGGCGGUAAACGUGCAUCGAUCGAGGCAGCGAUUCGUCGCACGUUCAUCCAGAUUCCUGUGAAAGAGAGAGAAGGAAAGAGUGAGGGAAAGUGCGAGACGCAUCAGAAGGGAGGGGAAGACACAGAGAAAGAGAGAGAGAGAGAGAGGGCAAGAGGGAGUUUGGCGUUGCCAGCGGAAAGAGGCAAGGCAGGAUAGAGGAAGGUCACGCGCCGGCACGGCUGGAGUCGGUGCGAAAUGGCUUGGGGCUACUGGAGCGCGACUUCCGUCAGCGAUCGAAGUCGGUCGCCACGUCGAGAAAAGGACAAACAACAACAACAACAACAGCAGCAGCAGCAACAGCAACAACAGCAACAUCCAACGUUGCACCAACAACAGCAACAACAGCAACAAUAUCAAGAAUUGCAGGGUGGAUAUGAGAUUCAGCAAGUGCAGGUCGAGUCUGCAGGUAUUGGAAGUGGAAGCGGCCUAGCACAAGAGGAACCACCCCGUGGCGCGAUGAUCCAGGCUGGUUCUUUUUAUUAUACCUCAGCAACAACGGCAGCCGCGGCUGGACGUCGAAUCGGUACUACGAUCGAGGUUCCUUCUGUUGCCUCAACUACAAGCGGCAUACAAAUGUUACCGAGAAAACGACACGUUAUCAAACCACCAUCUGCGGCCAAUUAUCCGCCCUCGCCUGGUAGCGACUCCGGUGAUUACGAGCAAACACCCCUUGGUCGAGGUACCGAGUGCUCGCCACCGCCCUUACCUCUUGCUGUCAGUCCACACGGCAUUGCCGGCGCUGUUCUCGGUUCUGGUGCUGACAUUCUGGCACAACCCUGCUCCUCCUCCAGGAUGAAACUACUCGCCGACGAGGCGGCCGAGGAAUUCUCGGACGUCGACUCAGCCGGUCCUGAGAUUAUCUACCCGAGCAAUGGCCGUGGUAUCGGCACCACUGGCUGCCUAUUGCACGGUCCCUGCGCUGCAAAUCCACCGCCGGAACCCGCGCCUCCUAUACCCCCUCUCCUGGACGAACACCCCUCGGCACCCUCGCACAUUUGGUUCAACGAAAUCACCUGGGUUUUUCCAAAUGUGCCGCCCGCCCCAGGAAUGCCUUGUCAAGGAGAAGACAGAAGCAUAUACAGACGCGGAGCACGUAGGUGGAGGAAGCUGUACCGGGUGAAUGGACAUAUAUUUCAGGCGAAACGCUUCAAUCGGCGGGCGUUCUGCGCGUUCUGCCAGGAUCGGAUCUGGGGACUGGGUCGGCAGGGAUUCAAGUGUAUCCAAUGCAAGCUCCUUGUACACAAGAAAUGUCACAAGGUGGUGCGGAAGCCCUGUUUGAGCAUGCAACAGCAGCAACAACAACAACAACAACAACAACAAUUGCAGAGCACGGAAUCCCAGACGAUCGACAGGAACGGAGAUCAACAACAGCCUGAUUCUCUCCGUUGCAGUCCGGCUGCUCAUCUCGAAGACGAGAUUGCUGAGUCGCCGAUCGUCGAGGAGCACUCACGUAAUCGAACCAGCAGUUACGAAGGGGAAGAAUUGGCAUUGGACACGGGUACCGGGGCUGAUAAUUCAAACGAUAUGCAGAGACAGUACUCGUUGAACGAUUUCGAACUCAUCAGGGUGAUCGGUCGUGGCUCAUAUGCAAAAGUUCUAAUGGUCGAACUUAAACGUACUAAGAGAAUUUAUGCGAUGAAGGUGAUUAAAAAGGCAUUGGUAACAGAUGACGAGGACAUUGACUGGGUGCAAACGGAGAAGCAUGUAUUUGAGACUGCCUCGAAUCAUCCCUUCCUCGUUGGCCUUCAUUCUUGUUUCCAAACACCCUCGCGACUCUUUUUUGUUAUCGAAUUCGUCCGAGGUGGAGAUCUUAUGUUCCACAUGCAAAGGCAGCGUCGACUUCCAGAAGAACAUGCACGCUUUUAUGCUGCUGAAAUUAGUCUUGCGUUAAACUUCUUACACGAGAAAGGUAUAAUAUAUCGAGAUCUAAAGCUGGAUAACGUAUUGCUGGAUCAUGAAGGACACGUCAAGUUAACAGAUUAUGGAAUGUGCAAAGAGGGUGUACGAGAAAGUGAUACUACUGCUACUUUCUGUGGGACACCUAACUAUAUAGCUCCAGAGAUAUUGCGUGGAGAGGAUUAUAGCUUUUCAGUCGAUUGGUGGGCUCUCGGCGUUUUAUUGUACGAAAUGCUUGCGGGUCGUAGUCCUUUCGAUAUAGCUGGUGCUUCGGAGAAUCCCGAUCAGAAUACCGAGGAUUAUCUCUUCCAAGUAAUAUUACAAAAGACGAUUCGUAUUCCGCGAUCGUUAUCGGUAAAGGCCGCUUCCGUUUUGAAAGGCUUCCUUUGCAAGGAUCCCGCUGAGAGACUUGGUUGCGGAAAAAGGCCUUCGGCCUUUAUCGAUAUAGUCACACAUUCUUUCUUCAAGGCUAUCGAUUGGGAUAUGCUUGAACAUAAGCAAGUCACGCCUCCAUAUAAACCACGCUUGGAUUCUGAUCGAGAUUUGGCUAACUUCCCACCAGAAUUCACCGAUGAACCAGUACAUCUAACGCCGGACGAUCCGAGAGUUAUUGAUAAGAUUGAUCAAAGCGAGUUUGAGGGUUUUGAAUACGUGAAUCCGUUAUUAAUGUCUCUGGAGGAUUGUGUGUGACAAGAGCCGCUUG